UUUGAGGCGCGUGUGUGACUCAGCGAACCACACUUACAUAUAUGUGUGUGUGUGUGUGGUGACAGUUGAUCAGUGUUCAUCAUGAGGGUCGCUCUGCUGCUCGCUCUGCUCACAGUGGGUGAAGGAGACGGCACGAAGGUUAAAGGUCGCACAGGUGAGGACGUCACCCUGCCGUGUCACUAUGACGUGGACACUCACGGUCUUCUGUCCGUCUGCUGGAACAGAGGACAGAUAAGUACGAAUGGCUGCUGGCCCUUGAUUGUUGAGGCAGAAAAAACGAAGGUGACAGAAGAAACCAGAGUGUCCAACAGAUACCAGCUGCUGGGACGACUGGACAGAGGAGACGUGUCUCUGACCAUACUGAGCGUCACAGAGACAGACAGCGGAGUCUACGGCUGCAGAGUGCACAUUCCCGGCUUGUUCAAUGAUGAAAAACACCACUUUGAUUUGACCGUGGACACAGGUGAGACACAUGUGUCUCCACAUGAAGACACACAGUAUUUUAAAGUCAUAGUUCAGGUUUUUUUUUGGGAAAUGUAG